AUGGGAACCACUCAUACCUCCAAGCCUAACAUUGAUUCAAUAUUAAAUGAACGCAAAGCAUUUGAUGAAACAAAAGCUGGUGUUAAAGGACUUGUUGAUGCUGGGAUUAACAACAUCCCAAGCUUAUUCCAUCAUCAACCUGACAUAUAUCAGAAACCCAACAACACAAACCAUGCUGUUCCUGUCAUAGACCUUGUAGAUGUUAUUGAUAAUAAACAAGAUCCAAGUGUUCACCAAGGGACUGUUGACAGAAUCAAGGAAGCAUGUGAAACUUGGGGUUUUUUUCAGGUUGUUAAUCAUGGAAUUCCUUUGAGUGUUCUUGAGGAGUUAAAAGAUGGUGUUACCAGCUCACCAGCACUCAAUUGGAUUGAUACUUUUAAGUGUUACUUAGAUCCUGAAACUCCCAAACCACAAGAUUUUCCUAUAGUAUGCAGGGAUAUACUGCUAGAAUAUGGUAAACAGAUGAUGAAUCUUGGGACUUUAUUGUUUGAAUUGUUGUCAAAAGCUUUAGGACUGAAUCCGAACCAUCUAAAAGACAUGAAUUGUGCUGAAGGACUAGUUGCUCUUUGCCAUUAUUAUCCACCGUGUCCUCAACCAGAAUUGGCUAUGGGAUUAACCAAGCAUUCUGACAAUGAUUUUCUCACAGUGCUUCUCCAAGAUCAUAUUGGUGGCCUUCAAGUUCUUUAUCAAGAUAAAUGGAUUGAUAUAAAACCUCUCCCUGGGGCUCUCAUAGUUAAUGUUGGAGACCUUUUGCAGCUUAUAACAAAUGACAGAUUCAAGAGUGUAGAGCAUAGAGUACUUGCCAAUCGUGUCGGUCCAAGAAUAUCUGUUGCAUGCUUUUUCUCCACAGGUGUUAGGUCAUCCUCAAAGCUGUAUGGACCUAUGAAGGAACUUUUAUCAGAAGACAAUCCUCCCAAGUACAGAGAAAUUACAGUUGCUGAAUAUGUAGCCUACUUUGAAGCAAAAGGACUAGAUGGUACUUCUGCUCUUACACAUUACAGAAUUUGA